AUGGACACCAGCACCCCUGCAUACCUGGCAUUGCCAGGAUCCCCUCUGUGGAGCAGGACGGAAGGUCUGAGCGUGCAGCGUUGGGAGGCCUGUUGCAGGCCCAGAGAGCGCAAGGGGCGUCUUCGAAGGCACCGCAUAGGGGACGGCGUAAGAGCUGGGGACACUGCCGCCUGCAGGGUGUGUCCGCGCCAAGUCCGACCUGACGAGGUGGAGGGUCGCCGCACCGCUCUGUGGAAAGAAGCUCUGAUGGCGGUGCCUGCCCUGAAGGACCCCGGUCAGAGCCAUGUGACCUUUGAGGAUGUGGCCGUGUACUUCUCCCAGGAAGAAUGGUGUCUUCUUGAUGAGGCUCAGAUACAACUGUACCUUGAUGUCAUGUUGGAAAACUUUGCACUUGUAUGCAUGCUGGGUUCUUGGCCUGGAGUUGGGGAUGAAGAGAUACCUUUUGAACAGAGCAAAUCUGCAGGAGUGUCACAGAUUGGGAGUCCCAGGACAGAUUCAUCUGCUGAGAAGGUCCAGCCCUGUAAGAUAUGCAUCCUGGUCUUGAGAAACAUUUUGCACUUGACUGAAGAGCAGGGAACAAAUAGUGGACAGAAAGCAAACACAUGUGGGGCACAUGGAAAACGGUUCUGUUUCACUGCAGACAUUCAGCAGCACCAGAAGCAGCACACGAGAGAGACUCUUUUACAAUAUAUUAUGGGGAAACUCUCAUUUUUGAAGAGCUGCACAAUUCAUGCAUCAGGAAGUCUCUCCCCAUACAAUGAGAUUGAGAAGGAAUUCGUGGCCAACCUGGGAGUUCAGCCACAGGCCAAAAACACCAGGAAUCAACAAAACAACAGUAAGGAGUGUGAAGUUGUUUUUCACAGUGGAAAAAGUCAUCAGCGCUCGGGAGAAGGCAAGAAAGCCUCCAGCCGCACAGACAUACUUGUUCAAGAUGAGAGAAUCCUCACUAGUGAACAGUCUUGUGAGUUUAAAGGCGGCACUCACCAAAGUAACCAUGUUCAGCACCAGAAAGGUCACAUUAGAGAAAGGUCUUCUGAGUGCACUGAAUGUGGGAAAUCCCUUGGCCAAAGAAAGUAUCUCAGGAUUCAUAGGCGAAUCCACACUGGAGAAAGGCCUUAUCAGUGCAAGGAAUGUGAUAAAUCUUUUACCUAUAAGAACCGUUUCAUUGGACAUCAGAGAAUUCAUACCGGAGAAAGACAUCAGAGAAUUCACAAAGGAGAAAGGCCUUAUACCUGUAAUGUAUGUGGGAAAUCUUUUAUAACUCUGGCUGGCAUCCGAUAUCAUCAGAAAGUUCACAACAGGGAAGUGCUGUAUAAAGGCAGUGACUAUGGGACAUCCUUUAAUCAAAUGCACCACCUCAGUUCCAGUAGGAAAAUCCACACUGGAAAAAAGCCCUAUGAGUGCAGUGAAUGUGGGAAAUCUUUUACUGCUAGCUCUAGCCUUUGGUAUCAUCAGAGAAUUCACAGUGGAGAAAGGCCUCAUGAGUGCAGUGAAUGUGGGAAAUCUUUCAUUGUUAGGUUGAGCCUUCGCAAUCAUCAGAGAGUUCAUACUGAAGAAAGGCCUUAUAAGUGCAGUGAAUGUGGAAAAUGUUUUACUAGCAGUUCGAGCCUUCUUCGUCAUCAGAGAGUUCACAACGGAGAAAGGCCUUAUGAGUGCAGUGAAUGUGGGAAAUCUUUUACUGCUAGCUAUGGCCUUCGGUAUCACCAGAGAGUUCACAGUGGAGAAAAACCUUAUGAGUGCAGUGAAUGUGGGAAAUCUUUUACUGCUAGCUAUGGCCUUCAGUAUCAUCAAAGAGUUCACCAUUGA